GUGCAUUUGCCGCCUUACUUGAGAACCGCUCAUAGAAUGGUUUACUUGCUUAUGAAAGUAUAGCCUGCGCAUACUUAUAUCGAUUAAGAAUUGAUGGAUAUUUCGCAAGCAAACGGUGGAGAUGUUGUCAAUAUCGCAAAUUACUUGCUAAAUGAUUUAAAGAAUAGCUAUCAGAUCUGGGAAGAGCUAAUUUCAAAAUGUACCAAAUUCCAUUCAGCUUUAAAAGUUGCAACUCAGGCGUCAUCUGCAUUUUUGGAUACAUUUCAAAAAGUGGCGGAUCUGGCUACAAAGACGCUUGGAGGCAGCAAAGAAAUCGGUGCGUGCCUGACCCGUUACUGUAUGCGCCAAAAAAGCCUAGAAUCCAAAGUAAAAUCCAUGGGAAAUCAUCUGGUCACUAGUCUUGCCAACCCUCUCAAUUCAAAAGUAGAUGAGUGGAAACGUAAUCUGUGUCAGUUAGAAAAAGACCGAACUCGUCAAACUAAAAGAGUGCGUGCGGAAUUGAAGAAAGCCCUUUCUGAAGCACAAAAGUGGGAGAAGAAGGCCGCUAAAGUUGGUGUUACUGGUGGUAGUGGUGUGGGACCCGGUGUAGGCCAUGGUAUUAUACCUACUGCAAAAUAUAUAUGCUCCAAUUCUGAAUCAAAUGCAAUUAGUUUACAAACUGCUAAGGCUGCACGUGAAGUCGGAAUCAAGAAGGAAUUAGUUGAAAAUACAGAGAAAUCUGCGAUGCGUUUAUUGUUACUUGAGGAACGAAGCCGGUUUUGUUUUUUCGUCUCUUGCCUUCUUCCAAUUCUUGAGUGUCAAUCAAGCAUGUUACAUGAAAUAGCCACUAUGGAUGAACUUAUUAAGACCCUAACAAAAGAAACUGAGUUUCCAGAUCAGUUGGUUGAGGAUGUAGAGUCUAUUGUACUGAGGAUGGGACGACGUGAUUUUUCUGCUUCUUAUCGAGGUAGCAGUAAAAUCAUGUCAGUUUUCGUACCAGAUAGUGGAGAUAAAAUGAACAAUAUAAAUGAAGUUUUAGGAGGUUUGCUCAUGACUAAUGGUAAUCGAAGCUAUGUCAAUUCAAGUGAUACGGAGUCUGGUCGUCACGGUGCUGACAUGAUGUCACCAUAUCAAAUUUGUCGUGACUUAGAAACGGUCGGCCGAUGCAAUUCUGUAUGUGACAGUGCUGAUAUUUCCCUAUGUGGAGCCAGUUCACAUAGUGGCAGUGGGGGAAGUAAUUGUCCAUCCCUUUUGUCCCCCGCACGUAGUAAUGUCGCUCAUUUGGGUAGUCGUGAAUCAAGUCUUAUUUCUGUGGAUAGUGCAGCCUCAGGAAGUGGCAAUGCAAAUUCUACAUAUUCUAUUGGAAUUUCAAAUACAAACAUACCACAUUCUGAUCCUGGAGAAUCGCAAUUUAAAACUUUAUGUCGACCAGGUCACUAUCGAGCUGCAAGUAAUGGAGAUAAUGAUUUUCCAAAAAAUUAUUUAAAUAAUGGUUUUCAUCAUGAUAAAAUCGAUUCUUAUAUGGUAGCUAAAUCUAUGGUUGCUUUCAGUGCACAAUCUCAAUUAACCGAUAGUAAUAAUGAUGAUAAUAAUAUCACUACGAAUGGUCAAAACUAUGCACUAAAAAGAGAUGGUGAUAAUGAAGUCGAAAAUAUAAAAAGGACUGACAAUGAAAGUAAACUGGAAAUGAGCACUGAUGAUGAUGAUGAUGACGAUGAUGAGAAUCAUGAUGAUAGUAACGAUGAUGUUGGUGAUGGUGGUGAGUAUGUUGAAGUAGGCAGUGAUUCUGGCAAUGCUCUUGCGUAUUUAUCAAAUAAUCCUACAUCUCCUUCCUUGUCUAAUUCUGCUAAUCAACAUUUUCUAUUGGAAAACUAUCCAUCGAAUACUACUACUACCACUACUACUACUGCUAGUACUACUGGUAAUCCUCCAAUUCCAAAUAGUGGUCGUCAUACAAUAAGUUCUGCUUAUGAACGAGGAGGUCAUGCUCCUACACGGGCUUCUAUAACUGCUCUGUCUUUCAAUUCACCCGUUGGCAAAGCUUCUUCCAAAGAUAGUGGUGUUGAUUCGUCCACUGUACUCUACCCGAAACAAGCUGUACCACCUCCAGUCUAUACAAAUCUCAUUCAAUUAGCUCAUGCAGCACAACGUAAAUUUUCCAUGUCACAAUUACCAAUUGUUCAUUCAUAUGAAAAUCUAGAUAGUACAUUAGAUAGACUUCGUUAUGGUAAAACUGAUAUGACCAAUUGUCAACAACAAAUUGUUCAUCAUCAAUCAUCAAGUCGUAAUUCAAUUUCUACAAAUCCACAACAAUAUCAUUAUACAACAAAUGCUUCACCGAAUACUACUAAUAUUAGUAAUACGAAUAAUUGUAAUUGGUCUGCUUCAGAUAGUUUAAAUAAACUUGAUUUAAGUGAUUCAGCUGUCAGUCAAAGUUAUCAUGAUGACGAAAGAAAGUAUGCUAAUCCUUCAACAGUAUUAAAACCUCAAGUUGACAAAUUAGCUAACAGUACAAGUCUAUCUAAUUCAUGUCACAGUUCAAAAAAUUGUCUAGAUACUGUUUCAAUGUCUGAUGCCACUUCUACUGCUAAUUCUACUUCAGUUGUUGCUGGUAAUAAUGAGUUACAUUCAUAUCAAAGAAGUGGAACAGAUCCAUUCAGUAUGGAAAUGGAUGAACUUGAUCAAGUUAUGCCAGUUAAUAACGGUAAUACUAUGACGCUAAAUAGAAUGUUUUCAAAAUGUUUACAUAAUCAACUAACUGGCACAUUACCUAGUCAUCAAAGAUGUUUAUCAACCCGAAAACAUGUUUCAUCAGUUAACAGUUGUUUCUGUGUUACCAAUGCUGCUGAGUUAUCAAGAUGUAAUGAACAGAAUUCUGUCGCUAGUUGUUAUCACCAUAACAAUGAAAGUAUUUCUGAAUCAGUUGUAAGUGUAAACUGUGAACAAGAUUUCUUUACACCACAGUUGUAUGUUCAGAAAAAAUUAGUCGGUGAAGAAAAUCGUAACAAACACUCACCUUGUCUUAGUCCUUCCGAAUUUAAUGUGGAAAAGAUACUUGGGAAUGGGAUUGAUCAUGAUGAUCAUCCACCUUCUAACCAUAGUUUGUUUGUACAACAAACUUCAUGUAGCCCAAUCAAUUCUUCAGUUUCUCCUUCUGCUGACAAUAGAUCACCACCUCCAAUUCAGCCAAAACCUGUUCAUUUAAAGCAUCAUCAAGCAAUAAGUCAAUAUCAUAUCAAUCGAAAAACAGCACCUCGAAUGUCACGUCCAUGUCCACCGCCUCGAACUUGUAGUACAUUAAGUUCUCUUGGUUGUUUAGCAAUGACAUCUGGUGUUAGUAUGCCAUGUGAUUUGAAUAUGCCCGAUCCAUCACCAUCAUCAUUGUUACGUCGUAAAAUUUCCCAUUAUAUGAAUGAUGAUUCUUAUGAAGUAACAUUUAAAGGUGUAUUGUAAGAAAAUAAAGCUAACCUAACACAUUGUUUUGCAUUUUCCACAUUCUCUUGGUGUAUCGUGUGCGUGUGUGUGUGUUACAUUUACAUUACAAAAUACACGGUGAAAUUAUCAAUUACACAUGUAGUCUUUUUAUUUUGUUAUCUGUGCUUUUUCAUUAGAUAUAACAUGCAAAUUGCAUUCCAUGUACAUUCUUGUUUUUUUUUCUCUCUCUCUCUUCUAUUUCCAUUUCUUUUGUUUGUUUUUUCAACAAAAACAAAUCAAUCAUUUUAGGAUCUAGUCGUGGUUCAUCACUUACAAUGGCUAGUUCAACAACAAAUGAUUCAUUGCCUAGUUCAAAUGGUAGUCCAGCGUUGACAAGUUAUAACGCGAAUCAAAAUAGUACACAAAGAUCAUUUUCAUCAAAUCCGAAUCCAAUGACCAGCAAUGAACAACAAAUAUUAGAGAACAAACUACACUAUGCAACUCCUGUAAUCAAAAAUCAGUCUCAAUGCUCUACUACUUCAGGUCAAGUGUUCAGUCUGUUGAGACAAUCCACAUUGGCUAGUAAUCAAGUUUGCAUAAAUAAUCAUCAAACUAACACCGAUCUACAAACCAUCCCUGGGACAACGGGUGUUCCAAACGGAAAUGCUCCAACUCCUCCCCCUCCUCCUCCACCACCACCGCCUCCACCUCCUCCUCUACCUAUGUUUUUACCAGUAUCGCCAAAUAAUCUGUCAACACCUCAUCCAUCACUAGAAGAAAUAACUUGUCCAAAAUAUUCCGAUUACAAUGAAACUUUGCCAACUGAUUCGGUCUCUGUAGAAACUGCUAAUCUUAUGUCUGAAUUAUCUUCACAAUUGCAACAACUUGCUGCACGAUCGAAUGAUGUAAACAUUUCACAAUCAACAUUUAAAACAAGAGAUAUAUUUCACAAGGAAUCCAUAAAACACGAUGAUUUCGAUUUACCUCCACCACCGCCACCUUCUAUGUUUACAGAACAAUACUGCAGUGAUGUAGUGAAAUUAGAAUAUUCUCCAAUUCAGACUACGAAUAUCACUUGUACUUCCACUACUAGCAUUAUUGCUAAUGAUAAUAAUAAUAAUACUGAUGAAAUGAUUGAUGAUGAUUCCAACAAAAAUGUAUCACCAUUUUUAUUGGCGUUAAAACAAAGUGUGAAACAACGAGCUGACCGUAUAGCUGCUGAAAACUCAACAAAUAAUUGAACGCGAAAUGACGCUACACUUUCUGAUGAUGAUCAUCCUAAUGCACUAACAUUUUUGUUAUACAUAUUAGGAAUUAAUCUUUCAAAGGUAAUGGCGACAUUCACAUGUAGGAAUCUAUGUAUAAAAGUGAUGGUGUUGAACUACACAUAUUCUCCCUUGCUUUCUAAUAAAAUCUGUGGAUAACGUUCGAUAUUCAUCCUUUCCUCAUUGCUUUCAUCAUUAUUAUUCCCAUCAUAAUCAUCAGUACACGUAUUUAUUUUUAUUGACACAUUGAAAUAAUAUGCAGCCACGGCACGAAGCAAACGUCUCAUACGCUUACUACUUUUUUCUUAUCAUUGUUGUGGUUAGUGUUAGUUUUGAUCUUCACCACGCUCCACCGUUUCCAUUUUUCCCUUACUCAUCUUUUCUACUAUUUGUGUAAAUAUAAAUGUUAAGUUAUUAUUUUGUAUGACAUCAUCACAUUACUAACUCUGAUAAGUAAUGUUUUUCGAACAUUUCACAUACAUCUGGUAGCUAUACACCAGUAUUAUAAACUGAUAUCAGGCCAGUACUUGUAUUUCUGACCGUUACUAGUUACAUAACGUCGUUUCUGUGUGUUUGUCUUAACGAACUGUUUCCUCUUACCAGUGAUAUGAAGGAAGUGUUUUACAGAAAAGUAAACCGGUCAUUAUCAAAUACUUCUUACCGAUUAACUAUUUGACUAACUGUCUCGUUUAACAAUUAAUCUAACAAUCUAUUCAAUUUAAAAUCUCGUUAGACAGAUCUCUGGAUACAGAUAGGCACAUACACACACACAUUCAUGUACAUUUUCGAAUUCAUCUGUUCUUAUUAUUUAUUGUUAAUAAUCCAUUGGAAUUUUCCACACGUUCAAAUUCUAAAGAAAGAUCUAUUAUUAUCAUUACUGAAGCUAUUUCCUGUGUUUAUGCACAUGUCCUUUUUAGAUUAUUUUGUUUUCACUUGAAACACCAGUAAAAUGUAUGUUGGUGACCGACAGCGUAGGAAAUCUUGUACGCCCUUUCUUUGAACAAAAAUCAACCGGAAACAAGUGUUUUCAGAUAUAUUUAAAUUCUUAUUUCUACUACUAGUUUUAACGUUAGAAUUAUUAUUAUUACCAUACUUUAGAGUGUUGAGAACUCUGUCUAUAGUGUAUGUGCUGUUAAAAAUGUGCUCUGGUAUCAUUGUUAUAUUGUUCUGUUGUUUUCAUUUGUGUCACUGAAUGUGAUUCAGCCAUAUAUAUAUGGUUUACUAUCACACCAUGUUCUACCCCUACGUCUGUCUUGCUGUCGAACUAUGUGGUGUAUAUCUGUAGUUGCCUCUAUACCUGAUUCUAUACUAGUUUCUUCUUAGGUAUACGGAUAAAUUAUAUUAUAUCAAGGUUAGAAAAAAUUUGUUAUUGUUGUUUUCUCUAUUUCUUCUAAAAACUCUGUAUUACACCGUAUCAUUUUCUUGUUUAUCGCUUUGUGAGAUUACAUUUUUCAUUUUUACAAGAAAAUUGUAGAUGGGAAAAGAAAGAAUGAUGGAAAGUUUCAGGUGAAAAAUAAAGCUCUCACAUACAUUCUCUUCAUUAAUGACUCACUGUACUCUAAUUACAUGUUAUAUGCAGAUAUAUUUAUACACAUUACUUGAUAAUAUGUCUUUUUUUUAUACUAAAUGUCUUUAUGUCCAC